CUCUUCUUCGCCCCUUCUGAAAUCUUGUUCUUCUCCCCUCUUCUUGUUACUCUCCACCUUUACACACACACACACACCUCUGUUCUCGAGUAGACUCCUCUCUGAACUUGCCUGAUCACGAUGUCUAACCUUCCCUCCGAGCCAGAGUUUGAGCAGGCCCUCAACGAGGUCAAGCUCACGCUGGCACCUUUCCUCAAGAAGCACCCCGAGUACCAGAAGGCCCUCGAGAUUGUCCAGGUUCCCGAGCGCGUGAUCCAGUUCCGCGUCGUUUGGGAGGAUGACAACCACGUUCCUCAGGUCAACCGCGGCUACCGUGUGCAGUUCAACAGCGCCCUUGGUCCCUACAAGGGCGGUCUCCGGCUGCACCCGACGGUGAACCUGAGCAUCCUCAAGUUCCUCGGCUUUGAGCAGAUUUUCAAAAACGCCCUCACGGGCCUGUCCAUGGGCGGCGGCAAGGGUGGCUCCGACUUUGAUCCAAAGGGCAAGUCGCCCAACGAGGUCCGCCGCUUCGUCAAGGCCUUUGCCACGGAGCUGACGCGCCACAUUGGCGCCGACACGGACGUGCCCGCGGGCGACGUCGGCUUCUCGACGCGCGAGGGCGGCUUCCUCUUUGGCACCUACAAGCAGAUCAAGAACGAGUGGGUGGGCAUCCUUACCGGAAAGGCCCUCGACUGGGGCGGAUCCCACGUCCGGCCCGAGGCGACGGGUUACGGUCUCGUCUACUACGUUGAGCACAUGAUCCGCGAGGCCGAGGGCGAGCAGUCGGGCUGGAAGGGCAAGAAGGUCGCCGUCAGUGGCUCCGGCCAGGUGGCCCAGUUUGCUGCCCUCAAGCUCAUGGAGCUCGGCGCGACGGUGCUGUCGCUCAGUGACUCCAAGGGAAGUCUCAUCGCCAAGGACGAGGCCGGCUACACCAAGGAGCAGAUCCAGGAGGUGUACAAGAUCAAGUACGACCGAAAGGAGCUCAGCACCCUGGGCGACCAGGGUGGCAAGCUUGAGUUCCACGGCAACGGAGCCAGGCCUUGGAAGCUUGUCAAGGCGUACGACGCAGCGCUGCCCUGCGCCACGCAGAACGAGCUCGACAAGUCCGACGCUGAAGAGGCCAUCAAGCGUGGCUGCAAGUACGUUGCCGAGGGGAGCAACAUGGGCGUCGACGCAGAUGGCAUCUCCGUCUUUGAGAAGAGCCGUGCCGAAAAGGGCAAGGGCGGGUGCUGGUACGGCCCGGGCAAGGCCGCAAACGCAGGUGGUGUCGCCGUGUCUGGCCUCGAGAUGGCACAGAACAGCCAGAGGCUGACGUGGGCGCCCGAGGAAGUCGACGAGAAGCUCAAGAACAUCAUGAAGGACGCCUACGACCUCUGCCUCAAGACCGGCGCCGAGUUCCCGCCCGAGGGAGAAAAGGCCGGAAGCGAUGGCCUGCCCAGCCUGGUCCAGGGCGCCAACGUGGCCGGCUUCAAGAAGGUCGCCGACGCAAUGAAGGCCCACGGCGACUUCUGGUAAAGAGAAAAUCCUUUUCUGGUGGAGAACUUCCUCCUUCGUCCCUCUUCUGAUUAUAGAAAAGACAAGCAGUAGUAGAAGUGCUUCUUUUGAUGCGAUUCUUAGCCAAGUCUCAUUAGAAAUCGUUCAUGAGUACAAUCCAUGUACGUUUCUCGGCAGCUCGUCCAGCCUCGGCACGAUUGGGGACUUCUUUGAAAUGUGAAGAUGAUUGCUGUAAAUGCUAGCUAGGUA